GCUAACAAGUGAAAGAAGUGUGCUGAACACAGUUGAACACAGCCUCAAGAUCCUGCGCGGCCAUGUCUGAAGAUGACGAGGACGUGGAGCAGUCUGCAGAGGAGAAACAGCUUGAGGCUGAAAUUAAAGCCAUUGAGCUGGACAUUUCCUUGAUUGACCUCCGGCGCGAGCUGGAGGCGCAAGAGGAACUGUUGGCAAGAUGGGAGGAGAGCGUGCUGCAGCUGAAGGACGAGAGGAGGGAAGCUGAGACAUACCACCUACAUGGUGCUGAGGACCGAAAGCAAGAGCGUGAACUGCAAGCUGAGUUGCAGCAGGCCUUGCGCAUGCUGCAGAUCGGGGAUGCCAAAAAUGAGGGCGGGUUAUUUCUGGUUCCGAGCAAGAGGCGCAAGAGAGCGUGGCGCUUCUGCGGCAGAGGGUGGAGCAGCUGGAAGCGUUGAAGGCGUCAAGCGCAGCAUGAGCGCCUAUGUGGAGGCCAGGUGCUGAAUAACGGCCCUAGGCAUAUGCCCAAGCGCAAAUGAGAAAGUUUGCACGCAUCAAAUUGUUGCAU